GGUUAGACAUGGCGAUUGAAGCCUUGAAGCUGCAAGACAGUGACGGCGACGGCAUUCCGGACAGUCUGGAGGAUGAGGACGGUGAUGGGAUCCCUGACAUCCUGGAAGACGAUGAUGGCGAUGGAGUGCCUAACUAUCUGGACAAGGAUGAUCAGAAAUCGGGUAAAAUCUCGACUGGCAGAGGUUUCGCUGACUUAGAGACGGACACCGACGGGGACGGAAUACCCGAUCACCUGGAAGACGAAGACGGGGAUGGCAUCCCUGACUAUCUGGAGGACGAUGAUGGUGACGGCAUCCCGAACUACCUUGACAAGGACAGCUAUAUUCAUGGUCCGGCCGGUAGCGAACCGCAAGCCUGUUGGCAUGGCGACAAGAAUGUCGACAGCGACGGAGAUGGUACCCCCGACUAUCUGGAGGACGAGGACGGCGACGGCAUACCGGACUGGCAGGAAGAGGACACUGACGGACCGGCAAGUGGUGCAGGGUAUACAGAAAGAGGGUUCAAGUGCAGCCUGGCUAGGUUCGGGGGUGGCGCAAGUGGUAGAGGGCCUAAGGCGGGUCUGGCAAAGAAGAAGGCCAGCAAGGCCGGACCAAAAGAGGCGAUGUCUGCCAGCAAAAAAAGGGUUGCCAAAGUGGGCAAGUCAGCAGAUGGCGUUGCUCCGAAAAGAGCUAAAGACGAGCUAAACAAACAGGCAACCAUAACACCUGCAACACCAACAACACCAUCUUCUAAUUCUUUCUUCAAAUCUCUGUUAAAACCUUAUCGUUCGCGUUCAGCUCCCAAGAUUCGCGCCAAAGCGGACGCCGACGGCGACGGAAUCCCAGACGACGAAGAGGCGGAUGAGGCCAUCGAUACUGACGGAGAUGGGAUUCCGGACAGCCAAGAAGGCGCCGAAGUUGGACACGACGACUUCACUAAAGGUGAGUCUUCAGGCCGAAAGUCAAACAGACCGUAG